AAGCCCGUCCACUUCCUCUCCCCGGUAUUCAUGAUGAGGGUCUCCGAGGUCAUCGAAGAACGAGGGGAAGAUUAAUUCUCAGUGCUCUAAAUUUCUAUAAGAGACGCCGCCCUCGAAGUCUGCUGCAUCGAAGCUUCUUUCGUUCGACCCAUUUCCCACUGCUCACUCUCCACAGUUCCCAAGAGAUAAGCAGAGUUGCCAAUUGCGCGAUGAAAUCCCUCACCUGGGCAGCCUGUCUGGCUUUGGCCGGCACCGCUCUCUCCCACACACACCACGACAAUGACGAAACGAUCCCGGAGCAGUUGCGCGAGGAAUUACUGAAGAAAUGGGAUCAGGAGUUUACCUUCUCCGGCAUUGCCAGCUUCGCCCACAUGAAGCCUGUCAAGUGUCUCGUCGAACCGGAUGAGCGUUACGAUAUUGCCGUCAUCGGCGCCCCCUUCGACACAGCAGUCAGCUACAGACCAGGUGCCCGUUUUGGUCCCCGUUCCAUCCGUGCGGCCAGCGCCCGCCAGAUGGCCGGUACCAGCUACAACACCCGCGCAGGAAUCAACCCCUACCAAUCGUGGGCAACGGUCAAGGACUGUGGCGACAUUCCAAUCACCCCGUUCGACAAUGGGUUGGCCGAGCGGCAAAUGUACGAAGCCUUCCUGGAGCUGGGCUCCCGGCCGGCCGUGACCCGCGCUUCCUCCACGUACGGCACAAAGGGGAUUUCGGCCGGAAAGUCGAAGCUCGUUACCCUGGGAGGCGAUCACAGCGUUGCCCUUCCUGCCCUGCGUGCCCUGUACCAGAUCUACCAGAAGCCUAUCACAGUGCUUCACUUCGACGCACAUCUCGAUACCUGGAACCCCGUGCGGUACUCGGCCUACUGGCUCUCGGAGCAGUCGCACUUCAACCACGGCAGCUUCUUCCACAAGGCCAGCCGUGAGGGCCUCAUCUGCAAUGCGACCUCCGCACAUGCGGGACUGCGCACACGACUGACGGGCGUUGACGAUAGUGAUUACACCAACCCUGGCCCUGAGCAGGGAUUCAUGCGAAUUCACGCAGAUGAUAUUGAUGAGCUGGGCCCCAUGGGUAUCGUGGAUCGGAUCAUGGAGCGCAUCGGUCUAGAUCCAGAACAACCCGUUUACUUGUCCGUUGAUAUCGAUGUUCUGGACCCGGCGACCGCCCCGGGUACUGGUACUCCCGAACCUGGUGGCUGGACGACCCGAGAGUUCAUCCGUAUCCUGCGUGGCAUCGAGAAAUUGAACAUCGUUGGUGCGGAUAUUGUCGAGGUGUCGCCUAGUUACGACAACAAGGGCGAGACCACGGCUCUGGCAGCAGCUCAGGUUGCUUUUGAGAUUAUCACCAGCAUGGUCAAGGCUGGUGCAGGUGAGGAUCUGGGUGGGUGGUACGGACGCAAAGCAACGCCCGAGGUCGAAAUUGAGGUCGAGGUUGAGGUUGAGGACGUGGCAGUUGAGAAGGAAGUCAAGGACGAGCUGUAAAAUGCCGAUACAUGCGAUGACGAUGCUGUGUGGGUAAUGAGUUAGUGAGGUCGUUUAGCAGUAUGAUGCAGGCACAUCCCAGCAAAAACAUGUCCUUGUCAAUGGUCGGGCUCAUAUCAUCCUAACUCUUCUCUACAUGCAACGCAAUCUCGAAUGGUAGAAUCUGGAAUGAAACUUCGGUC